GUAUACUCCCUGCCCGCGAGAAACACCUCCUCUGUCUCGCCAUACCUUACUCACGCUCGUCGCCCAGAGCAUUUCACCAGCGCAGCCUGCCUCCCGGGUCUUCGUUCGCGCCAGCAACCUCCGACGACUGCCACGUGCCGCCAGCGUCCUGAGCCCCCGUUAUCCUGGGCCGCCGACCACCACGUACCGACACCGCCGCGAGCGCCACCAGUGAUACAGCUUUCGCCAGCACGCCUCCUGGACGCACAUCUGCGGGCGAGAGCCGCAGACUCGAUUCAUCAUGGGGCAGAAGAUCUCCAAGCUCAUGAACCAGAUCUUCGGAUCGAAAGAGAUGCGCCUGUUGAUGCUGGGUCUCGACGCUGCAGGCAAGACGACAAUCCUUUAUAAGCUAAAGCUUGACACCGAUGUGACCACCAUCCCCACAGUCGGCUUCAACGUAGAGACAGUCACGUACAAGAACACCAAGUUCAACGUGUGGGAUGUAGGUGGACAGGAUAAGAUUCGCCCCUUGUGGCGACACUAUUUCAGCGGGACGCAGGGUUUGAUCUUCGUCAUCGACUCCAAUGAUCGGGACAGAAUGGAAGAGGCGAGGAGCGAAUUGGCUCGAAUCAUCCAAGAUCGCGAGAUGAAGGAUGCUUUGCUGCUGGUAUUCGCCAACAAACAGGAUAUCCCUGGAGCCAUGAGACCCAAGGAGGUCUCAGACAUGCUCGACUUGCAGCGCAUCGCCAAGGACCACACCUGGAAAGUUGAGCCCAGUUGCGCGACCACUGGCGAAGGAAUCUUCGAAGGACUCGCAUGGCUCAGCAGCAAUGUCAAAGUCCCCAACCAAAAGUGAGCGACCGAGCAACACGCGUUCGAAUCCAACUUCCUCCAUUUCGAUCGAAUACCACGACGCAAACUCCGCGUCGCAGCAUCUGCCCGGUCGGCUGCGAACAGCGAGCGAGGCUAGAGAGUCAAGACCAAAGUCACAGACGCAACCCCAACAGAAGACCAAUGAGGAUCGACUUCUGGCUUCAUUAGGAUACCCCCAGAGUCCGCCAAUUCCGCGGAUUUUCUUGCAUAUUUUCCCGUCCCAUCUUUGUACUACUAAUGAGAAGAGCAUCUGCUGCAUAAUUUGAAUAGCGCGACAGGUCACUGCCCCGAGUUGCGAGCAUCUGCUG